CAAGCCUCUUUACUUUCUAUUUAAACCUGCACUUGUCAGGAGAACAGAGACUGGACAAGCAGACCUGAUGACUGAGGACCAGAAAGGGAUGUGAGAGACUUUUCUUUUUCAACGUGCACUUGGACUCCAGAAUAUUUUGUUUUCCCAUCAGGAUACUGGCCAUGUCUGAGAGUAUUGUAAGGAAGGUACAGCCAUUCACGAUCGGGACCAAGCUGUCUGUCCCUGCUGUGCCCAAAUGCCAGGAGAUUACGCCGAGUUAUCUGCAAAGCCAGAACUUUGAUAACUGCACACUACAGCAGAACCUGAACUCGCUCUACCUCAGUCGACAGCAGGUCUGCGCUCAUGGCCCCUGUCUGGUCUUGCCCACCGGCCAACAGGUAGCCCCUGUAAAAGACAACCAGGAGGACAUGGCCACAGAGGACCACCUCAACCAGAACGCCUCUCUUUCGUCCGCUGUUUCGAGAUCCAUUAAAAAGAUUAACAUCUCGGGGAAUAAGGAAAGAGCAGAGGACGUUAUUUCAGCGGGACAGAGACAGCGAUCUAUUUUGAGAGCCACUUCAGAAAACCAUAAUAAUAACAACAACAACUUUAGCAGCACAUCAGAUCCCAACAUGCCAAGGACUGUGGAAGUCAACCGUGAGAAUAAACCUAACUCUCACUUCAAGGUUUUCGUUGAAGAUUAUUCAGCUGCGCAGGGACAAACCGGACCCAAACUAAAUGGAGAAAAGCCAGUCCAACAGGCUGAGAAAUGGAUGAAAAGCAAACGGCAAGACCUGAAGGAUGACUCUAAAAUUCAGUGCUGCCCCCUGCAGGACUGGGAUGAAGCCUCACAGAUCCUCCAGAGAGACCUCAAAGACUUUGACAACACCCUCAUCCAGCUCAACCAGACAGGCGAUCAACUUAUCUGCAAGCUGAAUCCGACCUCUGACCUUGUGAAGAAGCAGCUGAGCCAGCUAAAAGACCAAUGGAACAUUCUGAAAGAGACCGCCACCAAUCAGUCCAGGGUGCUGGGAGGGGCCAAAAAUGUGCAGGAGUUCAACAAAAAAGUGGAUAAACUAGAAGCUUGGAUUAAAGAGAAGGAAGAGGAGCAGUCUCUUAUAAAUGUCAUGGGGGGAAAUGUUGACAAAAUGCAGCUAACCAGAAGAAUUUUAGAUUUGAAACAGGAUGAGCAGUUACACAGAACCCUCCACGAAGAGAUCAAUCAUUUGGCCCUCAAACUAGAGAAACAAGGGAAGGCAGACAGCAAAAGUAUUUCCAGCAGGCGGAAAAACAUCAAUAAAAUGUGGCUGAAAGUCCAGUCACACCUGAAAAAACACCAAGACAAUCUUCAUCUCGCAUUAGAGGUGUCAUCCUUCUACCAGCAGGCCGACAACACAAUAUUUAUCAUCAAUAACAUGAUGAAAAGCAUAAAGGCCUCCAAAGAGCCUGACCUCUUCGGAGACAGGGAAAUCCGAGACAUUGCCAGUCAAAUCAUGAUGUUAGAUGUGAGCGUGUCACAGCUGUCUAAUCUCCAUCCUGCCUUGGCUGCCGGAGUAACACAGAAGCAGGGUGAGCUCAAGGACUGCUGGGUGUCUCUUCAGAAAGUUUUUAGGAGUGACCGGACCGCCCUCUCUCCCACGGGCUCAACAUUCACCAGGGAAGACGCUGACCCUUUGACACCAGCACAAGAACUCCAUUGCAGCAUGGGAAGGGAGAGUCGAAGGAUCAUGGGAAAGCAAGGCACAGACUGGCAUCCUAAGGGCUUUAUGAGUACAUCCGAAGGCUGUGCGAGCGCUAGGGAAAGCCAGCCACAGCAAUCUGUGAACCACACCUCUUCACCCAUGAGAGUUGGCCCUGCCUUUGCAAAUGAUCUCACCGGCAGUCAUCAGUCGAGGAGGGAAAGCAGGAAGCCUAAAAUUGAGCCCAAGCAUGCCACUGCACCGCGAGGCCACACACAGAUUCACAUACAGCUCCAGAAGUUCACUGUGUCGGCUGACAAGACUUUGUCCUGGCUGAAAGAUAAUGUUUCAAUGGCUACACAAGUGUGUUCAAUAGCUAACUCGGAGGGCCUGGAGGCAGCCAGGAGGUGCCAACAUGCAGUGCAACAAGAAAUCAUCACCAAUAAAGCCAGAAUAGAAGUGGUCAAACGAGAGGGCCAUGAGCUGGUCCGUGCACAACACCCGGGCAGUGGCAAGAUCCAACAGUUCCUAAGCCAGCUGGAGGUGCUGUGGGAAGAGCUGCAGAGGAGGCACCAGAGAAAUGGUAGCUUCCUGCAGGCCUCUGAAGAUCUGGGUUUUAAGGUUGUUAAAGUACAUCAGGCUCUGGGGAGCCUGGAGGCCUGGUUGGGGUCUGUAGAGCUUUCCAUUACGGAGUCCUCACUAGCCAGUGACCCUGAAACCAUGACGAUAGCAGAGCAGCAGAGCUGUCUGCUGGAGAAAGAAGUCCGCGUACGCAGCCUGGAGCUGAGUGCUCUAAGACAAGAAGUGGAGCACCUCCACGGCCACGGUUACCUGCACACACGAGGCUUGCCAGCUCGUAUGGAGGAGGUGGAGAGAAAAUACCAAAGUGUCCUAAGUUCCCUGACUCAGCAGAGUUCCAAACUGCAGGACACGCGCAUGCUUACGGAGUUCUUGGAGCGUGUGGAGUUGGAGGAGAGUCAGGCGCUUGACAGCAGUAAAUGUUGUUUUGUUCAGCCUCUCCACAGUAAGAUCUCAUCCAUUUCUGACUUGCUGGGACUUCAAGGCAGUGAUGGGGGUGACCUUAUGGAAGGCAUGGGUGACCCUGUAGAGGAAUUACAAGAGGCUGUAGAGAUGCUGAAUGACACCGUGAGGGAGAGAGGCCGCUCACAGAAUCAUGACCAGGCCUUACAGGAACUAAUGAGCAACCAAACCAGGCUGGCUGUACGCAUAGAGGAGUGUCUCUGCUGCUGCAAGGAACUUAACUUGGACAUCCUUGAGAAGGAGACAGACAUGGCCGUCCAAUGUGAACUAGAUCACUGUGGCCUUGAGGCUCUACAACAGAGGCAUGAUCAACUGGAGAUCGACUAUGACGUUCUCGCAGACAAAGUGAAGGAGAUGGAGAAACAGGGUUCUUGUUUGAGGGAGCUCUGCCCAGAUAAAGUGUGUGUACUGUGGGCGAGCAUUCACACAACACUGCAGGCCUGGACAGAGUUGGGAAAGAGCGUGACGGAGAUCAAAUCCCGUCUGCAAGAGUUUUGUCAUCUCCAAGGCUUCUUCAGGAGCUACCUCACCCUGAUCUCAUGGACAGAAGACACCAGGUCAUGCAUUUUCUCUGAAACGUCCUUGCAUCUGAGGGAAGAUGGGCUGAGCCCACUGGCCACAGAGCUCGAUAAACAAAUUGAACAGAAGUUUGAGGAGUUUGAUGAGCUGGCGGCGACUGGGACAAACAUUUUAGACAAAGAACAUCACCUGUCUCAGAUGGUAGGAGAGCGCAUGGAGGAACUGCAAAGUAUGCUUGGGUGGAUUUCGGUGCACUGGGGAGCGAAGAAAAAAGAGUGGAUGCAUAGGACGCGGAGACAGGAGCACUUAAUUGAUAACAUUUAUUCUGAGGCCACAUUCUCCCAAUUAACAGAGGAUAUAUAUUCUUAUGAGUCCUGUCAGUCUUCAAAAGCAAUCUCAGAACAAAGAACAUCAAAGAUAGAGGGAGACACUCAGAUCUCAGACCUGUUCCCUGGACAUGUGCAGCAGCCAGAGGACGGCUAUGAAAUCAUGAAAAGCGUUGCUCAGCGGGAUGGUGAGUCCCUGCAAUCAGAGUCUCCCACACCCGCCAUCAUGGUCAGAAAAGAACCCAUCAGUCCCUCAUUGGGGGGCACGGUCAACCUCAUCCUUAGCUUUGGUAACACAGGAGACAACCAGGUUCAGGUGCUUGACUCUCCUGCUCGGAUUGAUGAGGUUUUGAAAGAGACUUCUGAGCCCCUCCACAGGCCCACUGUGCCUGCCUGUAAAAACUUUUGGAAGCGCUGCCAGGGUAUUUUGGAAAAUACUUUGGGUAGUUUAAAGCGAAAGAAAAAGAUUUAUCGGCAAAGUGCAAAUGAGGUGAGCACCUACUUGCAUGUUAAGGAUAACAACUUGGCUGUGGCUCCCGUGUAUGAGAGUAUCACACUCCCUCGCCAAAAGAGCAACUCAACAUCUUCAGCCUCCUCUACCAUUUUGCCACCCUCAUCCUCACCAUCCUCCUUGGUGCCUGUUCCUCAGGCGACUGUGUCUUUUCACCCUUUGAACGGCAGGACUGGAAACAGCACCAUCUUUAGUAGCCUCAAGAGAAUAGGCAAGAAGAGAAAGAGAAUGAGAGACACUCGCAGGCAUACUAUCCAAAAAGUCAUGGGGGUGGACGAGGAAACAGAUGAGCCUCGUUACACCAGUGAGACAUUCACAUAUGACACUCACACGUGGCCACUGAAAGAGGGUCGGAGGAGGAAAAGUGCACCACUGUGUGAGGAUGGAAUUGACGCUGUGGAUGACAUGCAGAAUCCCCUGUUGAGGGACAUAGAGUGCACUGGAGAAAACACUAUUACACCAUAUGCAGUCUCAAAGGGACCUGCCAGUCAAGGAAGAGGCCACUGCAGAUUCCUCUCUUUGGGUUCUGUGCUGAGUUUCGACCUUCCCAAAGACAUGACCCUCAUCCCCAGGAUUCCGGAUAUCAUUACCAUUGCUCCUCCAGAGUCCAAGAAGGGAGCUGGGACUGAUCCAGAUGACAAAUUCCAGCGGCACACAGCCUUAAGUUCUUUCAAACAAGCUCGACCCUCUACGGCCAACGCAAUCAGUGCAGCUAAUAUGAGUUCUGAGACACACAAGCCUACAGUUAUUGUGAAAGACUUGCCUCAUAACGGCUGCACUUUCAACACACCUCCUGCUCCCUCGGAAGAAGAUGACAAUCGGAUAGUACCAUGCAGUGACUUAUACAAGAAACAGGUCAGUCAGCUGGAAGAUAGAGAGCAGGAGUGGAAUGAAAUGUCAUCACUUAGUAAAACUGGGAAUGAUUACACAUUCCAGUCUUCCCAACUCCCAAUUUAUGUAAAUCACCCCCACCUUUCCACUGUUGCUGCCCAUAAACACCAGUGCCCAAGUGUCCAUACAUGUAUUCGGGACCUGAAUGGACACAAGUACCACAAAAGUGCAAUGAUCCGCAGUGUGAAUGAUGACAACCCAGGGCAGUGUCACCACCAAGCUUCUCACAUGGUUGUCAAUCUGAAGUCAGCUGUGAAUGUCCGUCAAGACUCGGUGGACUCUGGCAUCUCUAGUUCUAGCAGUAUUAAACUUUGUCCUGAUGCACCUCAUCCAGAUACCCAAAUUAUCGGGGUCGUGGGGAAACUCAUGUCCCUCCAAGUGGGACGCAUUGACUGCAAUAAGAUGACAGAGUGUGUGGGCCAAUCAAAAUCCAGCGAAGAGCUACAACAAGAGCCUGUCCACCUGGACCACCAACAGUUUGAGGAGGAAGAAGAAGAGCUGGAGGACAUCUGGAACCAAACUAGCAAUUUCCGGCAAAGUAUCUGUUCAGACAUCAUAUACCAGCCUAACCAAGAGGAGUCAUCAGAUCAACUGAGUGAUUCCAUCCGCUGCUCGUCUCUGAGCAAAGCUCCAGUUAUGCUCUAUCGAAACCUGGCCACAGCCUCAGAACCCAACCUUUUUGUGACUGAGUUGAAACUACCGUCUGAAAACCAGAGCUUCCUGGGUCAUAACAAAGAAACCAGUUCCCUAGACCCACCACAAACUAUAAGAGACAGAAAGUCGUGGGCAGCCUUUCCAAAUAGGGACCACGUUGGCAAGACAUCAGUGAUUUUGAACGAAACAGCUGCUGAUCCAGUGAAGCUUCCAGAAGGUAUUGAAAAUCAGAAAUACAUUUACCAAUACAGAGAGGACGAAGAGGAAGAGGAGUCAAACGGUGGAGAAGAAAUGGAAGAGAACACCGGCUUUUCAAAGAACCAGUCAACUCAAAACCUUGAAGUCGAGGAUCUGCAGGACGAAUCAAAAGCCACAAGAGGGCGCUGUGACAACAUGGAUAAAACUACUGUGCUGCAAUCUCUGGAGGGAACUCUUGAGAGGAAGCAAAAGCUUCAACUUGGAGGAAAGAAAGCAGCCUCCAGAGGCUGGUACUCGUGUCAUGUGGUCUUAUAUGGACACACCUUGUGCUUUUAUCAGGAUAAAAAGGAUACACUGAGGAGUUCUGUUUGUGGCCUGCCUCUGAACCUCUUUGGCGCCGAGUGUUCCCAUGCACCAGACUACACCAAAAAGCCCAACUGCUUCCGUUUAAGGCUGCGUGAUGGCUCAGAAUAUCUGUUCAAUACUUCAUCACGCUUCAUGAUGAAGAAAUGGAUGAUGGGAAUACAAGCAAACACAGGUCCAAGUCAGUCUUCAUUUUCAAGCAUCCCAGUGGAUCAAGACAUCAAAUUUGCCUUAAGCCCUCCUCUUUGCUCAGGCUGCUAUGGUCUGGCCAAAUGCUACUGCUCCACCCAACAUGAUACGACCUGCAAGAUCUCCAGACAGAAACCCACUGCCAAAGACAUGGUUGUCCUGGCCAGAGAGUUCAACCACAUGCCACACCUAAGAAGUUUGGAGAUAAAGCGGAACAUCUCACCCACACAUGGACACUCCUGCAAUGACGGUAAUGAUGACGGCAGCUGCAAGCAGACUCAUAGAAAUGAGAGAGAAAGCCCAUCUGGCUCUCCUUUGUCCGCGUCAUGCAGCAGCAAGGACGGGCUGAGCAGCAAGCGUCGCUCCCACUCCUUCACUUCCGCGACGUACCAGAAGAUCCAGGCGGCCCAGCAGACGUGCGGAGGCCCGGAGAGAGGGUCCCAGUACUGCGUGACACUGGUGCUGGGGGACUCUGGAGCUCCUGCAGGGACAGCAGCGGCAUGGCAGCAGGCGAGGAUCUCCAACAGCGGCCUGCCUCGGCCUCGGAACAAGUCUGUUUUUAAAAAGUUCUUUGGCAAAAAGGACCCAUAAGCGUCUAAUGUGCAGCGCACAUGCUUUCAUUCAAACACAUCGACUACUGACCAUAUUUAUACUUAGCGGCGCUUCCAGUUUUUUUUUCAUGAGUGUGUUGAGAGUCAUUUUUUACGAGUGUGUGUUUUCUUAUUUUCACAUUUGCCUUUUGUUUCUCUCUAUAGUGUGUGUGCACAAAGCAGCUCUGCAGGAAGUACGUGUAGAAAAAAAAAACAUUUGCAUGCUAAACAAAGUGAUAACGCCAACGAAAUACUAAAACUCAUCACAUUAUCGCGCCACAUAAUUGCUCCCCCUUUCCAUUUGCUCAGUGUGUGCUGAAUCCAAUUAUUUUCUUUUUCUGCUAGUCUGCAGUUUGACACUGCUUGUUUGUUGCAUGGAUCAUUCUUAAUAAAAAAAUCAAAAAAUA